CAAAAACGGAUGAGGAAAAAUGGCUUGUAAGAAGAAUUUCCAGAAGAAGACGAUAAUUAUUGGGGUUGUAUUAUUUAUCACUGUCGUUGCUCUUGCAUGUGCAAUACUGUUCGGGAUCCGAAACGCAAGGCAUUCUUCAAAUGGCGACACAUCGGCAGCACAAAAUUGUUCAGGACUUGAUCGCCCCUUUAACGGUGACGUUACAUACAGCAAUGGAACAAACAUUGGAAGUACAGCAGUGUUUGCCUGUGCAUUGGGGUACGAACUAGUUGGGCCAAAUCUCAAAAACUGUUUAGAAAGCGGACAGUGGGUGCCUCAAAUUGUAGUAGCCUGUAAACGUCGAGAAUGCGGGCUGCCUAAACACUUAAAUAAUGGACAAAUUGCUUUCCUUGGUACUUUUUUUGGAGAUAGUGUGAGCUACCAGUGCAACGUUGGUUAUACAUUACAAGGUCCAGGUGUCAAAACGUGUACAGAUAAAACGAAAUGGGAACCAGUUCAGCCGAACAAAUGUGAAAUACAAGAAUGUGGACGUCCUCAAGAAAUAAUCAAUGGAUACAUGCAAUUUAGCAGUGGAACUGUUUUCGGGAGCAGUGUGACGUUUCGAUGUCAAAACGGUUACACGUUAGUUGGGACACAUGAGAAAAAAUGCUCCAGCGAAGGGAUAUGGGAACCGGAAGAGGAAACACAGUGCAUCGUCUACGAGAGAAAUGACCUCUGCUCCGAUAUUGACGCUACAGAGAUUGAUAAUCUCCCAUUAAGGUUGAUUGGGUAUAACUUAACGUCGGACGAAAAACCGCUGUGUGACUACUAUUUACCAGUCGGCUGGUAUUCUAUGCAAGAUUAUGUUGUUACGGACUCAGAUAUGAAAUGUGGAACGGUACACCCAUGGUGGAGAUUAGGUGAACUUCCAGUAGAGAUUGGCACAAUUGAGGUUUUAAUUAUGUGCAGAAGUAUAGUGAGUGAUACAUGCGAUACCACAAUGACAGCCCGAACGACUCGAUGCAGUAACGGAAACUACUUGUUCGAGCUACAAGACACAAACGGAUGUCCAGAAGCCUAUUGUAUAGAAAAACGAUCAACUACUGGAAAAAAUUGUGACAAUCUAAAUGAUCUGAGAGACGGGAAGAUAGUUUAUACCAAGGGGAAUCUGUUUGGAAGCUACGCAUUUUUCAGAUGUAACCCAGGAUAUGAACUCGUAGGCACCCCUUACAGAACAUGUUCGGAGUUUGGUAUUUGGGAGCAAAGAAAACAAGCAUUUUGUUUCCCGAUAGAAUGUGAAGAACUUAAAUCACUUCACAACGGGUUUAUGGAACUUUCGAACGGACGAUUCUUCGGAAGCGUUGCCAAAUCAAUUUGUGAAAAGGGCUUUAAACUUUCAAGUGCCGAAUAUAGGACAUGCACUUCAAAUGAAACAUGGCAACCAGUACCUGCUCCAGAAUGUUUUCCUAUAGACUGUGGAAAUUUAACCUUUCUUGCCGGUGGCGCUGUACACUAUAAUUCAGGCACUUUGGUUGGAGACACCGUGUCAUUUACCUGUGACACUGGUUAUGAUUUAAUAGGCCCUUCAGCAAAACAGUGCGAUUUAAGCGGUUUAUGGAAACCAUUGGAAAAAGUCUCUUGCAGUCGUACACAAUGCGCUAAAUUGCCAGUUUUGCACAACGGAACAAUCUCAUGUUCAAACCAGGAAUAUUAUGGAAGCAUUGCGACUUUCAACUGUGACACAGGGUUCCUUCCAGUGGGGGUUGCUACACGAAUUUGUAAUAUAGAGGGACAAUGGAUACCAAAAAAUGCCUCUCAGUGUAUUUUAAAUUAUUCAAAUGCGUCACGCCCUAGUAUUGCAUCUGUUCACCCAAGAAUUGCCUUUGAAGUUGAAAAUAUUCUAGGAAGUCAAAUGCUCAACUGUUUCUGUGAUUUUAUGCCACCUAGUGGAACGAAUUACUAUUACGUUAUUAAAUGGGUCGUAACAAAAGAAGCCGUUUUAACUAAAAUAAUUCACACGUCGGAGCCAAUGCAAUAUGCCUCUCAGUCUGAUUUUCGAUCUCAUUCUCGACUCACGGAAUAUAUGCUGCUAGCGGACAAGGAUUGGAAGCUUGGAACAUCAAUUGCUUGUUCAGUCACGGCGCGAUAUACACAAUCAGGGCAAGAUAGCCUACCAGCAAUUAGUCCUGAACGAUGGAUGGGAAUUGAAGUAUUAGACAAAACAAUAUUACUAAGAAACUUGGAUUAUGUUGAUGUUACUGUUCACCUUAUGAUUCCGUUCACUUGCAACAAUGGGAAACAUGAUUGUGAUCUUCCACUUAAAAUAUCAAUAUCCGGGAAUACAGACUCCUGCCAAAUACCAGAUGUUGUGCACUUGUCGACUGACAAGUUAGGCUGUCAGCUAAAUUUGAAAAACAGCGACAUUAACGAACCACGGCGAUUAAGGUUUGCAUUGCGCCUUGGUAAUAUCGUUUAUCCAAUACAAAAAAAUGCCUCCAUAAAUCUUUACGUGGACUCUUCGGUAUCUCAAAGGCUUUUUCGAAACUACACACUGGAUCCUGUUCGGGUUAUUUUAUCGUCAGACUCCUCUAUUCUCCAACAUAAGCAGUGUUACUCAAACAAUGACCCACAUAUGAAAACGUUUGACGGGAUAACGUACGAAAACCAGAACGAAGACCGUUUUUUGUUAUACAGGAAUCCGGCUUUCCAACAACAAGUUCAAAUUCAAACAACUCACUGCCUUGGAAGUGACGUGCCCGUUUUCUGUAACUGCGGCGUUAUGAUAAGUUCUGGGCGGGACAUUUUCGUCGUAAAUAAUUGCGAUGGAAAUGGAAUUUGGGACGUUAGAUUCCGGUCGUGUGUUGAUGGUGUUCUUAACAACCGUGUUAACAAGAUAUCAAUAUACCAUUUCCAAGUAUCUUUGCAAUCGGGCACAAUAGUGGACCUCUCAUUACAAGAGAAGUUUGUAAAUGUCGCGGUGUUUCCUUCAUUGGCUGAUGUUUACAAUACAGAAGGAUUAUGUGGUCGUUUUGACGGAGACUCCGUUAAUGAUCGGUACAAGCGGCCAGGAUCACUUGAAAGAAACCCGAUGCUAAGCUGGAAACUCCUUGAGCAUGAAGACCUUUUUGGUGAAAAAUAUAUUCUUGAAAAUGUAAACGAGCCAUUGAAACGGUGUUCAUGCAAUACGGAAGGGCCCGGUUUGAAUUCCUGCUCACAUGGUUCUGCAAAGCUUUGCCAGUUUGAGCCAUCGUUUACACAAAGUUGCAACGUUGCAUCACGAAAAAGAAGGUCGACAUUGAAACAUCGCAUUGGCGAUUACCAUGGUCCAUUUGGCGUUUGUUCUUUAAAACGAAACACAGGGACUGGGCCGUUAGCGAAACGUUUAGAAAAGAGAAGCAGCCUUCAAAUUGAAAAUUACGAUCACAUCAGAGCUAGAGAUCAGUGUUUGAAAGUGAUCAACACGACCGCUUUCAGAUUGUGUGAACAAGUUCCUGGAAUGAACAUCGACACAUUUAUUGGCGAUUGUGUAUUAGAUGUUGUGAAUACUAACAAUGUUGAAUGGGCCUUGAUCCAUCUGGAGUUAAUAAAACAGAAAUGCUUGUUUGACGUAAAGGUAAAACGACUUCCUCCACAGUCCGCAAUGGAGAACCUAACGCUCGUAAUGAAUGAUACCUUCAUUGACAAUACAGAUAAUCAGACAUUGGCUGUCCAAGAGGCAUCCACUGAGGAAUUUCUCAAAGAAAUUAUGGACGCAAGCUGCCCCUUGGAGUGUAAUCAAAGAGGACUUUGCAAUAAAGGUAAAUGUGUAUGUGAAACAGGAUUUACGGGUGUAGACUGUACAACAAAAACAUACCUACCUCCGGAAAUUCAUGGACUUCCGGAUGAUGGCCUGUGUGAUGUAAGGAGAAGACCGUGUAAAAGAACGUCCGUGUUUGGCAAUAACUUUGCUGAUGGUGUUAACUUCACGUGCAGAUUUAAGACGGUCAAAUUCAGGAACACAGGUACCAUAAUCUCAACAGAACAUGUAUUCUUAACUGGGGCAAAGCUGAAUACUUUUAUGGAAGCCGAGUGUGGAGUUAAUACACGUUCCCUGAAAAAAAGAGAAGUUGAAGGCACAGACGAAGUACGAGAAGAGAUUCUUGCCCAUGGUGGUCAACUAUCACUAAGCAACGAUGGACAGAGCUUCAGUCAGGACAAUAUGUUCAUAACCUAUGAUUCGCGUUGCGUGAACUGUAUUAUUCAACAUGGAGGAAUAAAGUGUUUACCUAGGCUUGGUUAUUGUGUGCGGAAUGGAAAGUGUUAUACCGACAAAGACAUCUUUAACUGUAGGAAAUGUAUUAUUCAUGAAGACGGAACAUAUGACUGGGAAACUACAGAAGGUUGCGGUGAACAGAAAACGACCAUAAUUAACCACUAUGGAACUGUGGAUGACGGAGCAAAUUUCGACCGGAUCCUCAAUAUAGUAGCUGUGGUCAUUGCGAGUUUAGGCGUCAUUGUAGAAACCGCUAUCAUUUUACGUGACAGAUGGGGUAGACGUAAAAAUCAAGAAACACCUCAUACUCCAUAUGUUGACGGCUAUGAAAUGCCGAACACUAGAUCACCACUUACCCUUUCACAUAGAAAUCCGGGCUAUGAAAAUCCGGGCUAUGAAAAUCCGGGUUAUGAAUUCCAAAAACAAAAGGAAACCAUGGGCAUAACGUAUGAAGAUGACCAGAUGUGAACCCCCGAGUAAUGAAGGACAGUUUGCAUUUUAUAGCCAUCAAUCAUUAGCGUUAAUGUAUUUCACGUGAAAGAUUAGACAAUACUGUCAUUAGGUGUAUUUUCAAGACAAUAAUUGUAAUAUUAUAUAAGUGUUUGGUUGCACAGAACGUUUUAAGAACCUAUAAUCAACUUGCAAUAGAAAUUUAUAAAAAUGAAGUAUCUGUUUCUACCAAGAUCUAGUUUAUCUCGGGAAACGUUCAAUUGUGCAGUACUAUUAACUUUAAAAAAGGAUGUUUUAUAUUAUAAGUUUGCAUAAAGUGUAUGCAAUCAGUGAAUUUGAAUGAAUUUACAUGUAUGCAAACAGUGAGUUUGUAUAACGUCCGUUUUACGUUUUAGACUUACACUAAAUUUAAAAAUUGAUUGGCAGUACAAUAAUAUAUUUAUCUCUUACUAGGAGACAGACAAUUGUAUACGGUUGAUAUAUGACUUACACAUACACUGAAUAUUUAUAAAUAUUAAAAGUAUUUCAGAAUAAUUAUUUUUUAUCAACUGUACAAUAUCGCAUUAUUUAGACUUGUUUUGUUUUUGUUAUCGUUUAGAAAAAAGUGAAUGAAUCAUUUCAGUAUGCGGUGUUUUUUUCAUUUACAGCAGUAGGGGCCCCGCAAAGAAUUUGCGGGUUUCUAUAGUAAUUGCCUUGUCCAACUGUCCUUUCGUUGGCCCGUACACAUGUUUUAUGUUUAAGAAAGAGAUUUGACUGAAGCUUGAAGACUGAGAAAAUCACCUUGCAAACUGUUAUGGUACUGGUACUCGUAUAAAAACCAUGACUCAUGGCUACCAAGUGUCACAUUAAAGAACUAAAGCUGUGGACCUUAUUGAUCUGUAACCCCCAGCCCACCCCCUAAGCAUUACAUGUGUAAGGAAUUGAAUUUAUUUUCACCGAAACUAAAUUACGAGCUUCAAUGAAGCUUGAAGACUCAGCAAAUCACCUUGUAAACUGUUAUGGCACUCGUAAAACGACCAAAACUCAUGGUUGUCACAUUAAAGCCUCCCUUGCUGUGACAAAAUGUUCAACUCUCAAAAAAUUAAGAAGUCACGAAUGGAAAUUAAAAAGUUUAUAUAAGAACAUAUAUGUUGAAGAAUUACUCAUUUUAAGAGCUAUAACUCUGUGAACCCUUGUUCCUAAAUUGCAUCCAUUGGCAUGAAAGAUGUUUGAAUAAAUAUUUUAGCCAGGAAAGAAAAUUUAAGAUAAGUUGAUGGCAAUAUAAGUGUUAUCAUUCCAUUUAGUUUAAACUUAUGAAUUUCGAACGCUUAUGGUGAAAAUUAAAUACAAAUAAGCAAAGUGUCUCUGGUUGUCACGAUGUUAUAUGUAAUUGUUUUUAACAUUUGACUAAAUUGAAUGAUUUUUUAUAACUUGAUGUUUACAAUUGUAUUUAGUCAUAGGUAUUGUUUGACUUUGUCUUAAUUUUGUCUUUUGUAGUGUCAAAUAGUUUUAUAUUUGUCUUAUUGGAUUUGCAUUAAUUAUGUUGUUAAUGAUUUAAGUACUGAAUGGGUGGUUAAUGAUUUAUUUUUUGGUUGAGUUGUUGAUGAUUUAAAUAUUGGUUGAUUGUUUGAUGAUCUAAAUAUUGGCUGAGUAGUUGAUGUUUUGAACACGGAUUGAGUGGUUGAUGAUUUAAAUUUGAUAUUUGUUGAUGAUCUAGAAAUGCGUUAAUUUGGUAAAGAUUUCAAUAUGGUUUGAGAAAUUGAUGAUUUAGAUAGAGGUUAAAUUGUUGAUGAUUUAAAUGACGUUUGAGAUAUUGAUGAUUUAGAUAUAGAUUAAAUUGUUGAUGAUUUAAAUGACGUUUGAGUUGUUGAAUACUUAAAGUUGAGUUGAAUUGUUGGUGAUUUGCAUAUGAGUUGAGUUGUUUAUGAUUAAGUUAUGUCUUAAAUGGUUGCAGAUUUAGAUAUUGGUUGGGUUGUUGAUGUUUAAAAUAUAGCUUGAUUUUGUGAUGAUAUAGAUACGGCAAAUACAUCACUGAAACUAAUUUCGUUUUAUUUAUAAUUUAACCUUAUCAUGUUUUCUAAUAUAUAUAAAAGUGUUUCUUCAUUGUAGUUUGUUUAUUUGGAAUUGUGUUUUUGAAAUGUAUUUUGUAUUUUAACGGCUUAUUUGAUAUUCGUGUUAAUGCAAAUGGAACUUCUUACCUGCUAUAAAACUUUACCCUGUCAAUACUACAGUUGUACUCAAAUAAAAGUUCUUCUUUUGAAUA